UUGUACCCACACGUAUGUCUUGUUAGUGUGAUACCGAUUGAAAAGUUUUGAAUCAUGGCUUGUGGAUCGUAGCAGAUACAAAUAUUUUAUUUUUCCCAGUGUAAAAGUGUGUAAAUCUUUAAUAAAAGUGCGCCACUGUGAUGGAAAACACGGAUUCAGCCAGACGCAUUGAGGAAGAAAGUGGAGGAGCCAUUGCUCUUCCAACGUCACCAAUGCUGAACCCAUGUCCCUGCCCACAACCACAGCAAAUGGGAGAACUGUCAACGGAUAUCCUGCUGGGGAUAUACCAUGGGCAAUCCACGUACCAGAAAUGGCUGGACGAAGGCGGAGACAUCAACGCCAUGCACGCCAUGGGCUACACCUUUGUCUUCAUGGUCUGCGCAGGAGGUCACUCGCUCAUCCUGCAAGACCUCCUGGAGAUGCAGAACCUGCACCUGAACCUAACCAACAGAUGGGGAAUGACCCCACUAAUGGGCGCGGUGAAAUGGGGCCACGAUGAAUGCGCUCGGCUCCUGCUCACCACCAAGCAUUCCUGCCAGUUGGACCUGACCAUCAAGGACAAGGAGGGCCUGACCGCGCUCUCCCUGGCGGCCCGGGAGAAACGCUGGAACAUCAUCCCUCUCCUCCUCAGGCCCCACGUGCGCUACGACGCCCAUACCAUCGACUUCACCCUCUACAGAGUCGUGGACGGAGGCCUGUGGGAAGUGGUCACCACGCUGCUGGAGGAACACGAGAACCUCAGCCAAGAAGCUAUUACCAGGGUCCUCUUUAAGGCUACGAGGGAAAAUAAUGUUCAGGUGGUGAGGAUAAUAGUAGAGAAACACAUCCACCUGUGCAGAUACGAGGACUUGGUUACUGCAAGGAUACUGGCAGAGGACUACAGGUACAUGGAUAUUGAAAGACUUCUCCUGGGAGCAAGGACUCGAAGUCUUGAUUUCCUCAUGAAUCUAAGCAUGGCCAUGGGUCUGCCUCCAGAAAUGAGUCUUCCUGUGACUCAGACCUAUGACAGCAGAAUCAUCUUAGAUAAUCCUCCUGCGAACAUGCCACUGAAUGUCCUGCCUCCAGUGAAUCAGGACGGCUUGCUGACCCUGAACGUGCGGCCCGUGCAGACCCCCGUGCCCCCAGGCCCCGACGUGUACGACACCACAGCCACGCCCCGGGGCCUCGUCCUCAUCCUCAACUACAACAGAUUCCACCACCAGCCUCACAUGACCCGCGAAGGUUCCCACGCCGACAUAGCAAACUUGAAGAACCUGUGCUCCCAGAUGGGCUACGAAGAGCUUGUGUACUGCGACCUUACCAAGAGGCAGACGAUCGCCGCUCUGACGCGCUUCAGGAAUCAGGAGCGCCUGAAGAGCGUUGGGUGCGCUCUCGUGGCCAUCAUGAGCCACGGCAUCGGCACGCACACCUUCUACAGCUCUGACAUGGAGAGCAUCUCGGUCAACGAAGUACAAAAUCUCUUCCUCGACCAACAGUGUCCGAACCUGAGGAACAAACCGAAGAUUUUCCUCUUCAACUUCUGCCGGGGAAUAAACAUUCCGGCGCCGAUGGAGACAGACGCGGUUCGGGAGCCGCCAAGGAAUAUGAUCUGCCUCUACUCCACGACAGAGUCCUUCUUGUCUUACCGCGACAAAGUGCGCGGGUGCCCCUUCAUCAUCGCCAUUUGUGAAGUGCUUGCCAACCACGCGCACGAGAUGGAUCUGGACAACUUGAUACGCGUCUUCCAGGGGAAAUACCUCGCGAACGCGACGCCCGAGAUUCAAAACCUCGGCUUCUAUAAGAGGUUUUUCUUCAAUCCAAUUGGGAGGCGAUGAAAAUGAAAUAAGACGUUAUUUUAACGAGCAAUGUGCAACACACACACACACACACACACACACACACACACACACACACACACACACACACACACACACACACACACACACACACACACACACAUACACACACGGGGUAAAUGUAGUCUGCAGAAGGGUAAUAAAAAAAUUCCGCGGACCAAGAGGAGCCUUCGGGACGGCCAUAAAUGGCUUUUGAGAUGGUCCUAAAUGACCCAGGGGGUGACGAAAAGAACAUGUGAAAUUAUGAUCGUCAUUAAGGUAAAUAUUAUCUGAUAUAGAGAUAGAAAACAGAUUAUUUAUUUAUUUCAUAAUUGCAACAGUUUCAUUUAUAUUGCUAUUGCUAGCAAUACCGCUAAACAAUGCAACUUUACGUACAGGUCCUCGCAAGGGUUAUGGGUCUGAUACGUCUACUUUCAGGCAAAGUCUCCUAAAUAAGUGUUUAUGGGAACGACACGAAGCAAGACUGAUCGAUAAAGGUUACUAGUCCAGUUUACGGUAGAAAUAUGAGCUAUGCAGUAUCCGGGCUAAAUUAAAGUGAUAUUUUUCUUUACAUUUGAGUCUGUCGUGUCAUUAAGCGCAUUCACAAGGGAUAGAAUUAUGAAAUUCACUGUAUUUCAAUUAUUUUUUUCCAAGAGUUAAGAAAAAGACACGUUGCCAAAACUCACACAGUGGGAGAGCGGUAAAUUCAAAAACAUAGAAAUAACCUUGCCAGAAUACUACUAUCAUUAAAUAUAUACAAAUGGCUCAUCAUAUAACUUUACAUGUGUCUAUGCUAUGUAAUUUCGUUGGAUUAGUUUGAUUAGUAAGAGGUAUGAGGAUUGUGUAGAAUCUAUUUUUUUUUUUCAAAUUUAUAGGGCAGUGGUUACGGAUCCCUAUAAAGAAUCAGAUGAAAGCUAUGGACUCCCUUCCCCUGAAAUAGUCACCAUAACACAUGGAAGGUGUAUAGUGGAGAUUAUUUACAGAUAUUUGAUUGUCUCAUACAUAUACAUAUGAGGUACAGAGAGUAUUAUUAGACUUUAAUGUAAACAAUGCUUAUUUGCAUAUUGAUAGAUUUCCAGGGAAUUGUGUUACUACAUGAAGACAUUGAGAUUCUGCCUAUGUCUAGUACACACAUUUAGUGCAUAUAUAUAUAUAUAUAUAUAUAUAUAUAUAUAUAUAUAUAUAUAUAUAUAUAUAUAUAUAUGUGUGUGUGUGUGUGUGUGUGUGUGUGUGUGUGUGUGUGUGUGUGUGUGUGUGUAUGUGUGUAUGUGUGCGUGUGUGUGUGUA